UUAUUAAAAAUCAGAAACAAAGCAAACCAAGCCACAAAGUCAAGCCGGCUGUUCAGCAAUUAUCAAAAUAAUUGUGAUUCAGAAUAGAAGCAGUGGCUCUUACUAAAAUUUUCAUCACUUGAAAUACCAAUAAUCCCGUGGUAGCACAAAAAUGGCAGAUCCACGCAUCAGGCAAUUGGUUAUUAAAACGGGUGUCGUGAAGCGCCUGUCGAAGGAAAAGACUACGUACGAGAAGGAGGUGAACAUAGAACGCACACGCUUGGAGAAGUUCAGGAACGAUGGAGCCGAUGACCAUGUCCUGCGCAAGCAGCAGGAGGUCAUCGAGGAGUGUGAGAUGAUGAUUCCGGACUCCAAGCGCAGACUGCAAAAGGAGUUCGACGUGCUGCAGAAAUUCCUCGAUGACGAGGUCGAUCUCAAGGGGACGGAGACCUACACAAAGGCUGCCGAGAUUAUAACCGAAGCCAAGGGUGUGCUGGCGGUUUAAUGUACCUGGCACCAAGCGAAUCUUAAUACGUUUCUCAAUAGUAUUAAUUAAUAAAUAAUUAUGCUUCCCUAAUUACGUUGAUUGCAUUAAUAUUAU